CGCAUGUUUAGUGAACUCCAAGACAGUCUACAAUGAAAUACCUAGCAAUUAUCGCAAUUCUUCUGCCCCUCGUCUACGGUGCUGCGGUGCCAAGGACCCAGCAGGACAAUGUCGAUCUGAUUCCCGACAUGUCCACAAUCGAGGAUGGUAAGGAUGUUAUUCAGGUGCCAGAUAUGUCUGUGGCCAGCGAUGCCGAUGAUGCGACACCCCGUAAUGCCGAGGCUCCACUCUUCCAAGUUGACGGUGCUGAACCCCAGGAGAUUGCUGUGCCAGACAUGUCCGUUGCCGUCGAUGCCGAGGAUAAUGAGACUGCUGAGAUCAAUGCUGACGCCGAUCUGGUUCCCGACAUGUCCGUUGCCGUCGAUGCCGAGGAUAAUGAGACUGCUCAGUUCAAUGCUGACGCCGAUCUGGUUCCCGACAUGUCCGUUCUCGCUGAUGCUCAGGAUGAGGUUGAUGCCGAUGCCGAUCUGAUUCCCGACAUGUCCGUUGUCGUCGAUGCUCAGGAUGAGGUAGCUGAUGCCGAUGCUGAUCUGAUUCCCGACAUGUCCGUGGCCAGCGAUGCCGAGUAAACCAUGUGAUUAACUCUACUUAUAACAAAAACUCCUCUCCUAAUUAUAGCUACGUAUAUGUGUAUUGUAUUUUUUAAGUUUUUUAUCAGCAGCAAUAAUAAAUUAUAAAGGCUAUUUGAAAAAA